AUACAGCCUGGACACUGUGUGUAUUUUUGUGUGUGUGUGCGUGCGUGCGUGCAUGAGUGUGUGCAUAUGCGUCUGUGUGUGUGUGUGCGUGUGUGUGUGUAUGUGGAGGCUCUUUUGACUCCCACAAACACACACACAUACUACUUCCCCACCUCAUUCACACUCCAUCCUGAAGACUCACACACUCAGUCUCUGCUCUCACUCACAUGGCUGAACUGACGCUGCUCUCUCUCUCUCUCUCUCUCUCUCUCUCUCUCUCUCUCUCUCUCUCUCUGACUCUGUGACUCUAUAAUUUGGGACAUGGCCGAAAGGAGACACAGACAGUGUAGACUUCUGUGAGAUUAACACUUCAGAAUAUUUAAGGCUCUUAAUUAGGGACAGGACUGCUUACUCAGUAGUGUGCACUUGUUAGCAUCCCUCAGAAUGGGGGAGGUGUUUGUGGUGGACAGCCAGGCGACCCCGAACCUUGUGCCCCCUAAACAGUGGAAUAAGGGCACUUACCUUCUGUACAUUCUACUGGGCCUGGCGCUGUUCGGAGUGAUUGUGGAAGGGGUACUCAUCUACCGGCUGCACCAACGGAUUUCUACACAGAUACCUCCAGAGGCUGCUCAGCAUUUCAAGCAGAUUGGAGAAAACAACACCAGGGACGAUGCCUAUUCUAAUGAAAUCUUACCACCACUGCCAACCCCGAAGACUGACAGCGACACCAAACCAGCAGCAUUUCUGCAUUAUAACCAUUCCGUGAAGUCAGGCGUGAUGCAGUGGAACUUCCAAGGCUUUCCUACACUUAUGCACAAUUUUAAUUACAGCAACGGCAGUCUGAUCAUCCCUAAAGAUGGCUACUACUACAUAUUCUCCAAGGUGUCCUUCAAAACCUGCAGCAUUUUCAAACAUGAGGUCAAACUGAAGUCCUCACGUUACAGCUACCAACCCAUCAGCUUCAUGAUGGACAUGAGGUGCAACUGUGUGGAGCCGACAAAGACUCAGGAGAAGGGGACCCAGUUUAGCAGCUACGUGGGUGGAGUUUUGAAGCUGUAUAAGAAGGAUGAGGUGUUCGUUUCAGUCAGUAAUCAUAGCAAAUUGACUGGAACACCGAGUGAAAACUUCUUUGGUGGUUUCAUGAUCUAGCAUAUAAACACGUAUACAUUAAUAAUCCAUCACGCGAGUACACACUUCAUGCAGACUUUCAUGAAGUACACAUACUUCAGUUUUUUUUUCCCUCCUAAAUUAAUUUAGAAUAUUUCUUUCUAUUAUAUUUAACAUUUCAGUAUUUGAUGACAUUGAUGAAUUUGAUGGCAGUAUUUAUUUAAGCGGAGCCGCAGCAUCCCUGGAAUCACAUUAUGAUAUGUUUUACACAGUGAGGUCCAUGUAGGCUGGUGUGAACAUCGCGAUCAGACUCGAGUGGGGACCAAAACA